CUGUAGUAGUGAAAGGCAAAGUUAAGUAUAGAGAAAGUCAGUCUGAUAAGUGUCUUACUCGAAGAAAUGGCCCCUCUAAAGUUCUACUACUUCCCUGCGAGUCCCCCAUGUCGGGGAGCUCUCUUGACGAUCCGCUAUCUGAAGCUGGAUGUAGAGAUGAUCAGUUUGAACUUGCGUGUGAAAGAACAAUUGAAGCCAGAGUUCCUAAAAGUCAAUCCCACUCACAGUGUUCCUACUUUGGAUGACAAUGGUUUCGUUUUGUGGGAGUCUAGAGCUAUAUCUCAGUAUUUGGUAGCUACUAGGGCUCCUGGAAGUUCUCUGUAUCCAGAUGAUCCCAAGAAGAGAGCUAUAGUAGAUGCCAGAUUGUAUCUGGAUGCUUACGUUCAGGCAACUGCAAGGCUCAUCUUUUAUUGCAUUCAUACUUUGGGAGAAAAGACUAUCGCUCAUGAUAAGAAGUUGCGUCUCUAUCAAUUGCUGGAUAGUAUGGAGACAAUUAUGGAAGGACAGAAAUACGUUGCAGGAGAUGAGAUUAGUCUAGCUGAUCUUGCUUUUCUAGCUUCCUUUUCUACCCUUUUAUACGCUGGGGCCAAUGUUGAGAAAUACAAAAACAUUCAAGCCUGGUACAAAAGAUGCGAAAAUGUUCCUGGCUAUCAGGAGAAUGAUCAAGCUGCUAGAGCUUAUGGAGAUUUCCUUAAGGGUUUGUUGGGAAUUACUGGAACCUGGGAUCAUCUCAAAACAAUGGCUCCAGUGAAGUUGUACCAUUUUCCCAUCAGUGCUCCCUCCCGCGGAGCCCUUCUGGCCAUACGGAACUUGAAUCUCGAUGUGGAGAUCAUCGAGGUCGACCUCAUGAACAAAGCUCAAUUGUCUCCUGAGUUCGUCAAAAUCAAUCCUCAACAUACCGUUCCCACUCUCGAUGACAACGGUUUUGUUGUCUGGGAAUCUCGAGCUAUUGCUACCUAUUUGGUGAAUUCCAGGGCUCCAGGGAGCUCCCUUUACCCGGACGAUCCCAAAGUCAGGGCAGUUGUGGACUCUCGAUUGUACUUUGAUGCUUCAAACUUAUUCCCAAAGGCUCGAAACAUUGUCUUUCCUAUUCUUUUCCUGGGAGUCAAGGAAGUCAAAGAGGACUUGAAACAGACCCUAUAUCAAGCUCUUGAUUUCAUGAAUACAUUCUUGGAAGGGCAAGAUUGGUUUGCUGGAGACAAGCCAACUGUCGCUGAUUUAGCCCUCUUGUCCUCUUUCUCAACUAUUGUUCAUGCUGGAGCAAACGUGAGCAAGUACUCAAACUUGAAUGCUUGGUACAAGCGGUGUGAAUCUCUGCCAGGAUUCGAUGAAAACGAGGCUGGUGCUAAAACCUUUGGAAAAAUGGUGAAAACAAAUCUUGGCAUUACAGGCACAUGGGAUUAAAGACAACGUGUGAUUUGGAUUUGGAAUUCUUCGUUGCACGUGUUUUUUGUGUGGUUGUUUCACAAUUUCUUGAAAUAAAAUCGAUUAAUCGAUGAAUUUUUGA